CAGGCGCAGACCAGGAAUGCUUUGUGAUUGGUGGGGAUGCUCUAUAGCUGCCGGGCCCCAGCGACAAAUGGGAGCAGAGGAGGCGGGGCUGAGGUGUGUGUACAGUUGCAGUUAUCAUGGAUCCUGAGAUAUCUAUCUUGUACUGCAGCCCCUCCCCUCAGGGGAUCCCCCAACGUAAAGUGCACGUCCAGCUUUCCCCACUUUACCAGCGGCGACGACUUCCACCUCCACUGGAAGAGCAGAUUCUGGUAGAUUGGGAAGAACGCCAGCGCAAACAGCCAUGGGUGUUUAAUGGAGCAAAAUUUAGGCUUCAUUCUGUCCAGCCUGAAGAAAAUCCAAAAACGGAAGGACAAGAAAAGACGACGGUGAAGAAUAAAGCGACCCUAAAAGUUGAAAGUAGAACAGAAGAGAAUGAGGGACAGAAAUGUGAAGAAAGUGACCUUAAGAUGAGUGAAGGGGGAGGUCUUACGCUACACCUGGCACUCACAUGUUACAGAGACUUCUUGGGUACCAACUGGUCAGGUGAUGCAAGCGCCUUACAGGAACGAGGAGGACGGGAGUACGGGGACACUGAAGCCUAUCUGGCACAGCCGCUUGGCGUAGGAGCUGCUCUACAGUGUAAAGAUGAUCGCUUUGUUCUAUUGAGGAGGAGCUUCAGGGUAGGAGAAGCACCUGGUCAGCUGGAUGUACCAGGAGGACACCCUGAGCCCAAGGCUGUUGCUCCCAAUGUUCCCGAGGAAGAACUGAGCUUGGAGGUUUUGGAGCCAGAACUGGUCAUCAGAGAGCUUUUCUCAUCUAUCCUGGCUGAAAUACGGGAUGAGGUUAAUUUACCUUUGUCUACAUUAAGUGAACCUCUUCUGCUUGGCAUUGCCCGUAACCAUACAAGUGCAGGGCGCCCAAGUGCAGAAUUCUACGUAAGGUGCAGUCUGACCUCAGAAGAAGUGAAGGAUAAGUACUUGGAGGGAGGACCAGAGGCACAGGAAUCUACAGAUAUUCUUUUUCUAGACAGAGAGGAUCUGCUCGCCAUCGAAAGCUCCGAAAUGUGGAAGGAGCUGUGUCCCUCAGCGAAGGGUUGUAUGAAACUUUAUCUCUUAGUACGAGAACAACAAUCCUAGGAUGAGCUAGAGACAACUCAAAUACCAUGGUCUGAAGUAGAGAAGAUCUAUUCAUUUUAUCCAACAACUUUUAUAGUAAUUUAUAAAGCCGAACAUUCGUCAUGAUCAAGGACCCUGUAAAUAAAACAUGAACGUUUGUGUAGCUUUUACAUAGGAUUUUUUUUUUUUUUUAAAUAAAGAGAUCACUGCCUGUUUUAGGGAAUGUGAGGGGAUCAUAUAAAAUCGGCUCUUUUAAAUUGUGACGGUUUCAUACUAUUGUUUUUUUCCGGUUCUUGUGUUUUAAAAUGAAGUAAGUAAGGUAAGUUGACAUUUCAUUUGCCAAAACAUUGUGUGUAAUAAACCCUUUUAUUGGCAUUUUUUAAAUAAAAUACUGCUUUCAUUAUUUUAAA